GGACCAAAUGGUUUGCAGGUGUGCACGGUUCCUGGUAUGUGAACCUUCCAAUCUGUUUCCAACCAGUUCAGCUUAGCAAAGUUAAGUUUUAGUCAAACUCACGUGAAACCUUGUGUUUUCAUUCUCUUUCAGUUUGAUGAGACACACAAUUGUGGGUUAAAAUAUUUGAUCUUUAACCACCCAGACAUUAAAAGGCGCCUUGCAGGCUGCGGUGGCAGCGGAGGCUCUCGACUCUCACUACAGUCGGUGGGCAUGAGACCAGGGAAUGUGUUUGUAAUGUGUGACUAGAGCUCAGAUCUCCAUCCAUCAUCUAGAGCGUUUAUUUUUGAAACUGCAAGUGGAACCUUUCGCGUCGGUUCGAUGGACGGUAGUUUUCAAAGUGGCACCGGAAAUGCCUCAUUGUGGAGCAGCCGACUUCCGGUGGCGACUGCGCCGCAGAGCGCUGUGGGUGGACGACGGUGAGGCCAUGGACGAAGUUCUGGCGGCCAGUCCCUGUUCGUCUGAACCGGACAGUCCAGGAGGUCUGAACCGAGGCUGCCUGCUCGACCCAGCGGACCUGCUCUACCACGAUCUGUCCGUCACCGUCCCAGAAACCCCCAGUCCACAGCUCGGGAAGCGGAGGAGACGCACUCAGGUCCCAGAGGAACCUUUCAGCCCCGUUGCUGUUGCAGGGUUUCCAGGACAACCAAAACAUCCCACUAGCAACGAACAAGGUUGUUCACAUAAAAGCAAGCGCAGGCGUCUGGCAGCAACGAAGGGAGAGCAGAACAUUGGGUUUGUUCCUGCUUCAUCACUGAAGACUUUGCCACUGCACACCUGGUUAGAGGCUCCACUCUCUACAGCAACUUGCUCAUCCUCAUCCUCAUCCUCCUACUGCACUCCAGUAUCAGAGGAGGAGGAGGUGGUGGCUUUUACUCUGCUGGGCUCUACAGCAGAAGCCUGUUGUCUGACGUCAGCUUCUGCAGGAGCCAGCUCUACCUCUCUAACUCUGACUGCAGAGGAGAGGAGAUGGCUGAACGCUGAAGGCGAAAGUACCUCAAUAGCAGCAGAACAGAUCAUCAUCAGUGACGAUGAUGAGGCCGCAGUUCGUUCAGCACAAAUGGAGGAAGACGAGGCAUUUGCCCGAAGUCUUCAGGCCCAGUUUGACCGAGAGGAGACCGGGGCUCACAGCACACAACAGCAGCGUCGAUACCAUCUUCAUCAAUUGCAGCAGAACCACCCGAGGUAUUAUCCACAUGUGGACUCCACUUGGAUGUCUCAUGUGCUCGCAGCCAUCUCUCCUUCAGUUGCCUUUGAAGAUGAUCCAAACGGUGAGCGCAGAAGACGUGGUAGAGGCAGGCGUAGGAACGCUCUGCCUGACUUUUCAGAAGAUCAUCAAGGCAACGACUAUGAGGCUCUUUUGGAGUUUGAAGAGCGCCAAGGUGCCGUUGUAACCAAAAAGUUGACUCGAAGAGAAAUACAGAGGUUUCCCACCAAAUUCUUUCAAACUGCAAAGAGCGCAGGGAACACACAGUGUCAGAUCUGUUUCUGCGAUUAUACUGAGGGAGAGAAGCUGAGGAUGCUGCCGUGUUUCCAUGACUACCACACGCAGUGUAUAGACAAAUGGUUAAAGGACAACAUCACGUGUCCAAUCUGCAGAGCCAACCUGGCUGACGGCGACACCUUGGCCCCCCCAACCCUCUGACCUCAGUGUUUCUCCUCCUGACUCUUCAGCCUGCUGCUGCUCUACAAUGUUGAGUAUGUUCAUUGCCUGAAGAAGGACAUUUCAUCUGUUUUAUACUUUUAUUUAAAACUGUCAUUCCACUCAAUAAAACUUUCCUCUGAUGCUAAA